GUGAACAGUGGGAGGCUGGGGUGGAGUUACAUUUCUGCACUUCAUAAAGGAAGAGCUUGGAAAACGACACUUUGUGUCGGACAAUUAAGUGGAGGCCGCUCGUGGAGAGGAAAAAACAGUUUGCUGUAAGUUUGCGUCUUUCGCUUUCCCGAUAGACUGUGAAAAAUCGCACUUAAUUCUCUUCAAAACCUGAACUUUAAUCGGGCUAAGUAUUAAACUAGACGGUGGUGCAUAUAAAGUAAGUCACAAGGGAACAAAGAUAACGAUAGACGAGAUAAAAAAAAAAAAAAAAGCAAUCGGAACAAGUUCGGCAGGUUCAUCUUUCAGCAAGAAAGGGCGAGAAGUCGUAGAAAUCAAGAGAAGAAAUACUUUGAAGCGAAGGAUGACACCAAAUCUAACAGGCUUCUACAAGAUGGUCUCUCAGGAGAAUAUGGAUGCUUACCUACAAGCACUAGAUAUUAAUAUUGCUUUGCGAAAGAUAGUUUGCCUACUGAAGCCUAACAAAGAGAUUAUCCAUGACCCUGACACUGGUCACAUGAUCAUCCGUACUCUCACCACCUUUCGCAACUUCAAUAUGGACUUCACCCUCGGACAGGAGUUUUCAGAGGACCUCGGCCCCGUGGAUGGACGAAUGUGUCAGACCACGGUGGACUGGGAGGGGAACAAACUGGUGUGUGUGCAGAAGGGAGAGAAGGAGAACAGGGGAUGGACUCAUUGGCUGGAGGGGGAUCUGCUGCACCUGGAGAUGAGGGUGCAAGAUGUGGUUGCCAAGCAGGUGUUCAGGAAGGUGCAGUAGGGGGCACUGUCACAAGGAGGGACUUGGGGACAGGCAGUAAGACUGAUGCUGUACACUCCCAUGAGCCACACAUAACAUUCAGAGCCUAUUAAGGCUCCUCAGAUUGCUAGCAGUUAAAUGGCCUGAUUUCCAUACUUUAAUACAUUAAUAUUUAUAGGCUACAUGGGAUAUUUCAUUUGAAGAAGGUGGCAUUUAGCUGAAUACUUUUGGUACUUCAUUCUGCUCAAACAAAGUCCUACAUCUCAUUGACAGCCUCAUACCUAUUUGCAAGCUUCAUUAAAAAUCUAGUCAUAUCUUAUGUUCAUGCUUUAGCUGAUAUGCUAAAUUGGAUUACAUUACUGUAAUGUUUCUGUAAUUAAGUUUCACAUUGGUCCUGCUGUAUUCCUUUACUGUAUGACACAGUGUUUCCCAAUCCGGUCUUCGGGGACCUCUAGACUGUCCAUGUUUUUGCUCCCUCCAUACUGAGUUGGGAACAUCUAAUAUGUCGUUGUGUUUUGCAUAGGCAUCACAUUCCCAGAGUGUUUUUUUUUGUAUUAAUGCUACUGCUAUUCAUGAACUUUUCUGAAAAGGUAAAAAAAUAUAUAUAUAAAGCAGAAGUAUUUCCUGGAUUUUUAUUGACCAUAUUUUACUUAACGUUCGUUUGAAUUUCUUUGUCUUUUGCCUCUUGUUCUGCUUCUUUCAUUAAAUUAUGUGACUCAA